AUGUCACCAGCACCUGAUCUGACUGAAGAAACAAUUAUCUUAAAUUCAUUGCCAAACACUACUGUACUUAACGUUCUUUCAUCAUCUGAUGAACUUGAUAACAAUCAAUUCAAUGAAGAAUGUAUGGAUCUCGGAUCAUUAGCAAUGGAUUCCAUGGAAAGUGUUGAUCUAUCGGGAGAUGAUGAAGAACCAGCAACAAUCACUAAAGAAAAUGUCGGUGCAUUUACAACUUGUUCAGCACCUUCAACACCAACCGGUGAACGUGAUCUACCAGGCGGAUUUCGCCGACCAUCAUUAUCUGCAACAACGACAAAUGAUUUAUCACAAAUCGAAGUGACAUAUCAAGGGGUGGGAACGAAUGAGAAUAGUCCAAAUAAUGAUGAUGGAACUGGUCUCAUCGACUCAUUCUUGGGUUGUUUAAAGCCAUUCUUCUCUGCGGUAAAUAAAAUUGGUGAAAAUAUGAAAUAUUCUCGCGACACAUCAAAUUCAUCGUCAAAAACAACUGAAGAUUGGAUAAUACCUAUCGACAGUAUUAUGAAUGAUUUAGUAUUGAUUGGAACAGGUAUUGAAGGAAAUGUAUAUCGAGGAAAGUUAAAUGGACAAGAUGUGGCUUGCAAACGCGUGAAAAGUGAAGAAGAAACAAAUAUCAAACAUUUGAAAAAAUUAAAUCAUAACAAUAUUAUUCGUUUUCGAGGUGUAUCAAUCUCUUCGCCAUUAUUUUAUAUCGUCAUGGAUUAUUGUCCAUAUGGUUCUCUGUACGAUGUAUUGAAACGACGCCGAGAGAAAGAUUCAUGCACAAAACCCACUCAAGUUCUCGAUUGGUCAAAACAAAUUUCGAACGGUGUCAAUUAUUUACACUCAAAUAAAAUCGUGCAUCGCGAUUUGAAGUCACCGAAUAUUCUCAUUGCUGAUGACUCGAUCUUGAAAAUCUCCGAUUUCGGCACAAGUAAACAGUUGGGAAGUAAACAAGGACAAAUCAUGUCAUUCAAUGGUACAUCAGCUUGGAUGGCACCAGAAGUCAUUCGACGAGAACCAUGUUCAGAAAAGGUCGAUGUUUGGUCAUUCGGUAUCGUACUUUGGGAAAUCUUAACUUGCGAAGUUCCCUACCAUAAUAUCGAUCCAAAUGCUGUUAUGUGGGGCGUGGGUAAAGGUAGCUUAACUUUACCAAUUCCAUCAUCUGUCCCUGAAGGUUUUAAAUUACUGAUGACGAUGUGUUGGAAGCAAUGUCCGGCAAAUCGGCCAUCGUUUCAACAAAUUAUCAAACAUCUAAAUAUCAGCGAGCCAGAAAUCGUUAUCUUUGAGCAAGAACAGGAGUAUGUAGAAUUAACUCGCGCUUGGGCGACGGAAAUCAAUGAACAAUUAGCACGUUUGCCAACGAUUGAUAUAUCAGCGACUCUUCAAAUGAGUAAUGAUGAACUUAUGAAAAAACGUAAAGAAGAGCUGCAACAUCUUGCUGAUAUGCGUGCACAUUAUCAGACAAAAGUCCAACAAGUUAAUACACUUUACGUUGAAUUAUCCUCAUUGAUGAUGCAAUUGCAAAAACGUGAACAAGAAGUCAAGAAGAAAGAACGUGCACUCAACAUUCAGUCACAUUCAUCAACCGGAACAACGACAAAUAAAAAACGAACAUUGAACUCCAUUUUAGAAGCCCGAAAGAAAUCGGUACAAUCCAUCAAAGCCGCAAGUUUCAAUUUAAAUGAUCCAAUUACGAUGUUAUCACAAGUAUCAAGCAAAAAAAGUUAUUCAUUCAAAUCAAAUACUGGACUGUCAAAUAGUCAACCACCAGUCGGUUCACAUCACAAUACAACAUCGGCGUCACCGUCGACCACAUUGACAGUUGGUAAUAAUCAAGACUCGUCGAGUAUUAAAACAGUUCAACGACGUAAGAAAGGUCUAGGGCAUCGUCGCAAUAAUAGUAAAGGAAGUACGACAUCAUGGGCGCCACCAAGUCUCGCGGCGAUUGCCGAUCAAGAAAAGAAACGUGCUUCGAUUAAUGUAACAGUCAAUCAAAUAUUCGAUCCAUCCAUUGAAAUCAAAUCUCCUCUACCAACAAUUUCUGCUGAUAUUGAUUCGAAAUCAAAUACGAAUAAUCGUCAAUUAAACCCAAAAAAUCUUAAACUUGACCUUCAAACUUAUUCGACAACAACACAAUUAUCACCAACGAAUCAACAGCGACCUCCGACCAUAUUCACAUAUGCACCACGUAAAUCAUCGAGUAGUGACCCAGAAGACUUCGACGCGAAUCAACAUCAUAAUUUAACCCGACAACGUCGACGACGUCUACUGAAUCAAUCGAGUACGAAAACAGCGUCACCAUCAUCGACGCGAUCAGCCAAGUCGAUCUCAUUCGACCAAAAUACACCGCUCGCAGAGGAGUUCGAUCACGAGAAGAAUUUCAUAGAAGAUAAACAUGACCAUGAAAAAGUUAGUGAUCUACGCAAAUAUCCACGAAGUGUUAGUUUUCAACACGUUCCAUCGACGACCAACGACCUUAGUCCAUCUUAUCAUUCGCGAACAUCGUUCAAUCGAACUAAACGAUACAGCUCAUCCGAAGAAGGUGAAGUAGAAGAAAUUCAAAGUGACGAUUACGUUCUCGAUGAUGAAAAACAUCGAGCGAGACAUGAAAAUCUAAAUCGAGAAUCCAUUGGAAUUUUCUCAUCAGAAAGCGAAAUCUACAAUGAGAACAUCACUGAUACAUCAUUGUCGAAAAACGAAGGAAUGUUUUCCGACGAAGGUGGCCACGUCUCCGAUGACCGACCACAAUCACGUGAAUCACUGUUAAACAGUGAACCGGAACAUGAGUGGCUUGAUCGCGAUUAG